AUGGGCAGGGGAAUUGCGUUGGCGCUGGCACGAGAGGGCGUUCACGUCGUCUGCUCCGACAUAAAGAGGAAUGCGCACAGCACGGCUUCGAGGAAGACAAGCAUAUUCCAACACACACCGUCAUUGCAAACAAUGGGAGAACUUCUGCAUAUCAACAGUAAAUUUUCAAAGAUCGACAUAAUAAUCAACAACGCCGGCGUCUGGUGGCCACUUCGCGACUUCGUAGAAGAGACCGACGAGCAAUGGGAUAUUAUGAUGGCGGUCAAUGGCAAAGGAUGCGCGACCGCGAUGCGUGAAGCCAUUAAACAGAUGAUCAAGCAACCGAUCGCCGAGUCCGGUGCACGAGGGCGGAUAGUCAACAUCUCAUCCGCUGCAGGUAUCACCGCUAUCCGUCGAGAGGCCACCUACGCUGCGAGUAAGGCGGCCGUGACCACGCUGACCAAAACGGUGGCGCUGGGUCACGCAAAAGACAGGACUGCUCAAGCGAGCACGAACUUCCGCGACCCGGCAAUUAUUGCGGAGAUGCGUAAGGGGGCCCCAUGGCCUCGACUAGGCGAGCCGAUAGAUGUCGCGAACAUGGUUGUCUUCCUGUGCACAGACGAAGCGCUGUGGAUCAGAGGCCAAAAUAUUGCGGUUGAUGGAGGGUUCACCGUGUAA